CAUAAAGGAUGUGGUUGCGUGAGAUGAGGAAGAAAGCGAAGAGGAAGGAGUGCAGUGAGCGAUUGUCGAGUUCCCUGCACAUCGCUCGCUGUGUUCCUGGCCGAAGAGGCCAGUGACACUUUGGAUUAUAUACAGCCCUCUAUGCUAAAGUGUUUCUGUGAGGAUGCGUUGACGACGACGACGAAGGCAAUAUGGAAGUAGAUGAGACCGGUGAGACAUGGACUUCCUGCGCUGCAAUGUUGGAGACUCACUCCAUCCCCUGUGACCAUGCUGGGAAGAAGAGAAAACAGGACCCUGAACCUGUGGUGAGAAUCAUAGAGGAUGAUGAAGAGGAAGAUGAGGAGGGUGAGAUGAUGUCCGACCACAUGAGGGAUUCAGAGGAGCCCAGUAACAAAAGGGUCAAACCCGUGGCAAAGUCCAACAGCCUAACCGGCGUCCUCACCCCGGUGAAGACCCCCGCUCUGAAACGCAUCGGACAGUCUAUUUCGCGGUCGAUAAGUUUUCGCACGGAGGCGCGACCUUUGCCCCCGGCUCCCCUGCGCUCUCGAUCUAAGGCCUCGUCGUAUCCCCGCCGGCGCAACAGCCAGUGCUGGAGUGACACGGUGGAGAGUCACGACCUCACUGUAAAGGAGAUCAAACGGCAGGAGGUGAUCUACGAGCUGACUCAGGGCGAGAGACAACUCAUUGACGACCUCAGUCUGGUCAAGAAGGUUUACUAUGAGCCCAUGCUGAAGCUGGAGAUCAUGACAAAGCCAGAGCUUGGACAGAUCUUCGGUACACUGGACUCUCUCAUUCCUCUACAUCAAGAUCUCCUGGGUCGUCUCGAGCGGCUGCGGGGAUCGGGGAAGACGAUCGGCCAGGUGGGGCCUACUCUGAUGAACUGGUUCCCUUGCCUGGAGGCCUACGUUACGUACUGCCGUAACCAGGUGGGGGCCAAAGCCCUGCUCGACCAGAAAAAGCACGAGAAAAAGGUUGAGCACUUCCUUCGUUUGUGCCAGGAGUCCUCGUUCAGCAGGAAACUGGACCUGUGGAACUUCCUGGAUCUCCCUCGAAGCCGUUUGGUCAAAUACCCCCUGCUGUUGAAGGAGAUACAGAAGUGCACGCCUCCAGAGCACCCGGACGAGGACACGCUGCCCGAUGCUUUGGAGCUGGUGCAGAGCAUCGUGGCUGAGGUGAACAAGAAUACGGGCGAGGCGGAGUGUCAGUUCUACAGGCAGGGCCUCGUGUAUCUCGAGGACGGUCAGAGACUACAGGAGAUCCAGCUGUCGCGCUUCCUGUACUGCCACGGAGAGCUCAAGAACAACAAGGGCCAGCGGCUGCAUGUAUUCCUGUUUGAGCUGGCCCUGGUACUGACGAGGCCGGGGGAGGACAGAGACAGAGGUCAGGUGUUCCAUGUGUACAGACAACCUCUGCCCAACGCCUUGUUAAACCUGGAGGAGAUCCCAGAUGGGGAGCCCGGGGGAGGGGGCACCUUCAGGGGAGCCUUCACUGGAGGAAGUGAUAAAGUGAAAAACUGUUUCCGCGUGAGCAGCAGAGGGCGCUCCAAAUUUCACCCGUACAGCCUGCAGGCCAACGACUCCUUUAGCAGGCAGCAGUGGAUCACCUGUCUGCGCCAGGCCAUCGUCCAGUCCAGGGACAGGACGGCUCAGACCAGCCAGUCGCAGCUCUCCCUCCACGCUGAUCCCGCCGUGUAUCACAUAGCUCAGCUCAGCCUCAGCUCGGACACAGAAAUGGCCGACCACACCUGCCGCUGACAUCCGAGUGAUGAGCGGGGGAGGUGAACUGCACACCGAGACGGGGGAGAGAACGAAAUGUAGACUGUGAAAGAUGGUUGUGCUUAGACGCGCACACAUAUUCCCCUACGUGGGUUUUGGUGUGUUCAUGCAUGUGUUGUGAUUGUGGGUUUGUUGUGUAUAGCUUGAAAACAGUAUUACAGAAUGUGGAUUUACGAUGUAAAAUGUUACCAAUGUUUUUUUUAAUAAAGUGAUAUAUAGAU